CUCGUUCAUUCAGUUCGUAUCGGAUGCUGGAUCGGUUCGGUCGCGUUUUCUGAAAUCGCCUUCCCCUCGACCCGCGGUUUAACUGUUCAGCACUGUUUUUUGUGCCUAUCUCUAUCGUUGCUCCUCGCGCUGUUAUUCUAUUUUUGCGUGCCCGUGCUCCCUUCGCUUAUCAGUGGACAUAUCUUCUCCGUAGACAAUUGUGUUUACGCCAGUGUCUGUUUACACCUCUUCUCCUUUAUCAACUCACUUUGGUCCUUUUUCGACCCUGCUGCCUGCUCACUAGGAAAACUCAUCUGUUUUGUGUUUAAAAUAUAAUGGUCGGAUAAGGAAACCUAUAACACAAUUCUUGCAUACAUUUCAGCGAGGAGGGAUAAGCAUUAACUUGCCCUUUGUUGUUUUUAAAGAAAAAGAGCAACUUUUGCUUCCGGACGUUCCAGCGUUUUCCCGAAGAAGAAUGAUGCUUGAUUAUUGAUGAACCCAACUAGUGAUAUUAAACGUGAUCGUUCUAUAUUGAUACCGGCAAACGGUUUACGCAACUUGCUAAGGAUACUGGAUUCAUCCAAGAACAAGAAAAUUCUGUCUACCAGUGACAACUAUUGCUAUAAUUUGAGACUGAACUUUUCUUGUGCUCGUUUAGUGAUGUGAAGUGUUGUUCCAUAAUCAGUGAUGCUAAGUGCUAUGUAAAAUCACAGAUGAAGAAUACAGAUAAGAAUUGAAAAUAACCUCAACGGUUUACUAACAGCAAAUACGAUUUCCUUGAAUGCUUACUUCGACGAUAAGCAUACAUCGUAACCGCACAUUGGAACCAGAUGUUCCAAUAGACGAUUGGAGCGAAGUAAAGAAUAUCAAGAUGUCAUCAAACGGUGCUCGGAAGUUUUCAACAGCUAAACAGCUUCAAAAACAUUAUAAAACCAGAACAGCUUCACAUAUUAGCAAUGCUAUAGCAGUAUUGUUUUGUCUGGCAAUCCACGCAGAUUUCAGCAUUAGCCUGGAGAUGAAUGAAACCGGCGUGAGACACAUACAUCAACGUUACACCGUAGACGAACUGCUAAGCAUUAAAUUUCCGAACAGAAUUUCUAACGAUAUCGAUAUGGAUCCUUGCAAAUCAAGCGCAUUUUUGGGUGACAUUGCACUGCCAAAUAUAAACUACGAAUCGGAGUGGCAAAAACAAAGACUGAACAAAACGAUUCAACAAGAACUAGAGAAACUUAAACAAGAGGUCUAUCACGAGGGGUUACAGGUUGAGGAAGAAGGACUUACUGAUAUCAUCCGUAAAAAAACUAAACAACUUACACCAGACGUUAAUAGUGGCGCUUCUUUCAACGCGCCAAAUAAAAAUCUAAAUGACCCAACAAUAGAUAAUUCCGAAUUGCAUCCAUUGGAUUAUAAGUCACUGAAUCGAAAGCCACUUCGUAAUGAAAACGGCGAUAACGCAAUCACCGAUAGUUAUCAUAGUGAAUCACAAAUAAAGGCAACCAUAAUUGACAAUAAUGACAACAUCAUCAUUAGAAAUACAAGCUUCAUACAUCGUAGAGAAGAACUGCAAUCUUUAACAAAUCAUAAUUUUGCAUUGAAUGGAUCAACUAUAACCGAAGACACCAACGAAGGUUUGAAGACAGAGUUAAAUAAGAAAAAAGAAAAGACAACAUAUGCUCGCAACAUAGAUCAUAAUCGUAUCCAAUCUGACACGAAGGAUAUUGUUAUAGACGGUUCAAGUAACAAUAUUAUUAGCAAUAGCCACCCCAGCAGAAAAAUUGCGCUAACAGCUAUUGCAACCCCUACAACAACUAUGAGAGCAUUUCGUACCACCCAUGCUAAUCAUUUUAGCAAUGCUGGCGGCAACGGAAGAACAUUAGAAGAUGUUCAAGUGCUGAAUGGCGAUGGUAGUAUUAUCACUCAUAAACGACAUCGACGUCGAAGGCGGCAAGGUAGCGGACGUAAAAGUAGCACGACAGAAGAUUUUUUUUCUAAUAAACAUGUACCAAAACCCAAUGACGCAAAAUCAGACACUUACAGAGCACGGUUAGAAAGGUUGAAAAGUGAAUUAAGCAACCCAUCUCUCUCAAUCGAUGAUUCCAAUCUGAAAUUGUUAAGAAAAGGACGUAAUAAGACUCUCAGAAACAAGCAGACCAAAAACAAAUUCAAGUUGACAAGUAAAGCAUGGUACGGAAAUGACGAACAACGUGUGCGAAAGGUCCGUCAAAAACAGAUUGGUAAAACCAACGAACCAAAAAAUAGCAACAUUCUAACUGUAGACAAGAGCGAACGCAAACGGCAGCUUCAUGACCGUAUCCUGGACGACAUCAUUAUCGAAGACAAAAAACCAGACAUGACAGGCAAGUCACUAGGUGCUUCAAUGAAAAACUCAAACGGAAAUUCACUCGAGUCGGGAUCCAUAGCAGCAGCCAUACAUACAUCCAGUAGAGGAAAUGGAAAAAUGCAAAUGCACCAGUCGCAACCUAUUGAUCAUAAGAGAACGCUACCCGAACAUCAUCGAGCAACACGAGCUGCCACUGCAAAGAAGGAGCGCAUCUGGGACUUUGGUGUCAUCCCAUACGAGAUUGAUGGCAAUUUUAGUGGUUUACAUAAAGCCCUCUUCAAACAGGCAAUGCGUCACUGGGAAAACUACACGUGUAUAAAAUUUGUCGAGCGGAAUCCCAUCGAACAUCCCAACUACAUUGUUUUUACAGAACGCCAAUGCGGUUGUUGCUCGUUUGUAGGAAAACGUGGCAAUGGGCCGCAAGCUAUUUCGAUUGGUAAAAACUGUGACAAAUUUGGCAUCGUUGUGCACGAAUUAGGACACGUGGUAGGUUUCUGGCAUGAGCACACCCGGCCGGAUCGCGAGAACCACGUGGUAAUUGAAAAGAAUAACAUCAUGGUCGGACAGGAGUACAACUUUAAUAAAUUAACCGAAGACGAGGUUAAUUCUCUGGGGCUGCCAUAUGACUACGACUCCAUCAUGCAUUACGCAAGAAAUACUUUUUCCAAAGGCACCUAUCUAGAUACAAUUUUCCCGAUUGAAAUGCCCGGCCGGAAGCGUCCUGAAAUCGGUCAAAGAUUGAGACUUAGCGAAGGAGACAUCGCUCAAGCAAAUCUCCUGUACAAAUGUGCCAAGUGCGGCCGCACAUUUCAAGAAAAUUUGGCAUCAUUUACCUCGCCUAGUUACUACUCCGUCACACCACCCACCGAUCCAGAAAGAUGCGAAUGGCGAAUAACGGCCACACACGGAGAAAGAAUUGUACUUAACAUAACGGAUCUGGACAUAUAUAAAUCUAACAACUGUCGCUCUGACUAUUUGGAAAUCCGCGAUGGUUACUGGCAUAAAUCACCCAUUCUCGGUAAAUUUUGCGGAUCUGGAAAAGUGAACGAUCUGAUCAAAUCAACUGGAAGUCGAAUGCUGCUCACGUAUACCACAACUUACCGACAGUCCAGCAUGCGAGGAUUCGCUGCCAGUUACGAAGCUGUUUGCGGUGGGAACGUUAAUUUAGAAAGCGGUGGGCGCCUAGAGUCUCCUAAUUACCCAAUGGAUUACCUACCUAACAAAGAGUGUAUCUGGAAAAUCACCGUUCCGAAGGACUACCAGGUGGCACUGAAGUUUCAGUCCUUUGAGGUGGAAAACCAUGACAACUGUGUGUACGAUUACGUUGAAGUGCGGGACGGAGAUUCGGCUGAUUCCCGAGUAAUUGGUGUAUUCUGCGGGUACAAAAUUCCGCCAGAUAUGAGAUCUACCACAAACAAAAUGUUUGUGAAAUUUGUGUCAGAUGGUUCAGUACAGAAGGCAGGAUUUUCUGCUACCUUCAUGAAAGAGGUCGACGAAUGCGAACGAAUGGACCACGGCUGUGAGCAUGAAUGUAUUAACACUUUAGGUGGAUACGAAUGUGCCUGUUAUAUUGGCUACGAGUUGCAUAGUGACAAGAAGUCCUGCGAAAAUGCUUGUGGUGGAACUUUGAAGCAACUGAAUGGAACGAUACUUUCGCCAUCUUUUCCAAACGAAUAUCCAAUCAUGAAGGAAUGUGUAUGGGAAAUUAUAGCACCGGCCCAGCAUAAAAUAACGCUUAAUUUCACGCACUUUGAGCUGGAAGGUAAUACGUUUUAUCAAGCAUCGGAAUGUGAGUAUGAUUCGGUGACCAUUUAUUCCAAGCUAACUGAAGACAACCUCAAGCGUCAUGGCGUGUUUUGCGGUACAAAAGUGCCAUCGACAAUAACUUCCGAAGGAAAUGCCCUUCGGGUGGAAUUCAAAUCCGAUAAGACGAUUCAAAAGUCAGGUUUCGCAGCAAUUUUCUCUACCGAUGUAGAUGAAUGUGCGGUUAAUAAUGGAGGUUGUCAGCACGAGUGCAAAAAUACACUAGGAUCGUAUGUUUGCUCCUGUCACAACGGGUACAUGCUACAAGAUAAUGGCCAUGAUUGUAAAGAAGGCGGAUGUAAAUAUGAAGUCACAUCACCAAACGGACAGAUCUUUAGUCCAAAUUAUCCCGACUAUUAUCCGUCCAAAAAGGACUGCAUUUGGCAUUUCACAACAACUCCAGGACAUCGAAUUCGAUUAGUAUUCAACGUAUUCGAUAUCGAGCCUCACCAAGAAUGCGCUUAUGAUCACAUUGUUAUCUACGAUGGAGAUUCUCCGGAUAGUUUUGCCCUUGGACGUUUCUGCGGCGCUAAACUGCCUCAUCCACUAUCAUCUACAUCUAAUGAGAUGUACAUGGUCUUUAAUACCGAUACCAGUGUUCAGCGCAAAGGCUUUUUUGCAAGCCAUUCCACAGCCUGUGGCGGACACCUGCAGGCAACUAGUAAAGUGAAACAUAUAUACUCUCAUGCAAAGUAUGGUGCUGGCAUGUACGACAAUGGAGCCGACUGCGAAUGGUCAAUCGAGGCGGAUCGAGAUAAAAAUGUACAACUAAAAUUUCUUACAUUCGACGUGGAAGAAGAACGGAUGUGUUCGUACGACUAUGUUGAAGUAUAUGGAGGCCUUGAUGACGCCAGCGGUCCACUACACGGGAAAUAUUGUGGGAAUACUAAUCCACCGGAAAUAAUCUCCAUGAACGAAGCCCUACUAGUUCGUUUCCGCUCUGAUGACACAGUAGGUUUCAAGGGUUUCUCCGCUUCAUAUGUUGCAGUCAGCCCUUUUGGCGACGGCCAAUCAACAGACGAGGAUCUGUCAGAGAGUGCCGAAAUCACGCCCUUUCCGGGUUCCCUCAAGAACACUGUCAUCGAACCAGACGAAGACCUGGACGAAGACGAGGACGACGAUUACGAGAUAUUCGUUCAUCAUCGGCACUUGAAUCCGAAGGUUCGUUUUUCAGUACGUAAUGAGAUACGGUCUUCACAAGCUAUCGAAUGAAACAGGCCUAGACGCGUCGGCUUCCGGCGCAAAGUGCACUAAUUUAGUAACGUAAAGCGCUGAAAUAAUAUGUUAUCAAGUGAACAUCGAAGUCGGGUAUGUUAAUAUGUUUUCAGUUUGUUUUAUUUUGUACUUAACGGUGCAUCGAAAUUAGUUUAAAGAAAUAUGUGAAGCCUAUAUAACCUAACAACAGUAUAGCGACAGUUUAUAAUUAUAAAAAAAAUCAAAGUCGUGAAGACACGCAUCACCUGCAAUAGAAUCAUAGUAUACCUAAAUUUCCCAAGUAAGUAAAACAGAAUUUAUUCUUUUUCAUCGUGAAAUCAAUAUCCUGAUUUAAUUUUCGUAUAUCUUUCUUUUGUUUAUUUUUCUUAUAAUCGAUAAUUUAAGUUGCUAUGAGUUAAUCAGAUUUGUUAUGGCUUACGUCUAUUGUGUUUCGUUACAGCAUACUGUUCGUUAAUCAAAAAUAUCAGAAUUAUAAAAAAGGUAAAUAAAUCAUCUGUGUCAUAUUGACUCGCUUGUGUUCACUUGAAAACUUUGCAGCCAAUGUUCAAACAUUAUUAUAUCAAAAUCGAACAAAUUAACGAAAACAAGAUUAAAAGACAAAUAAUUUAUUCCCGAUAUCUAGGCAGCUAUAUAUUGCAGUAAAUACCGAAUGUAGAACAAAUCACGAUUAUAUGAGCGAAUUCAAUCCCAAUCAAUCGUACGAUUCCAAGACCAUAAAUAAAAUUAGUAUAAGGAAAUAACUCACUAUAAUAGAUAUAUUUACAUUUUCCAAACCAUAUCUACUAAGAACGGCCGAAUUAGAUUAGAUUGAAAUAGACUAACAUUGCAUUUCAGGUCUUGAUGUAUUGUUUUAGUGUACAUAAUUUCCGCAAUUUUAUGGUUGACAGUUUUAUGCAAUAAAUGAAUGCAUAUCUAUUUGUAGUACCUUGUAGUAAUAAAUGGAUUCUUAUUCAUCAAACCCAAAA